AGCUCCUACCCCUCUCCGUGCUUCUCGCGAAAAGAGCAUGCGAAGAGCUUAUCUCGCACUCUGACAAUUCGGCUUUACUCAGUUCAGCCAUCUCCUGCAAAGAGCUCGGCGCGUCAACGCGUGCAAACAGGUGGGGGGGAAGAUGCUCUCAGAGAUUAUCUUGAUUCUGGCCGGGCACCCAUCGUCCUUCUUCGAGCAAGUCGCAGAAGGCUCAUCAACGUUACCAUCGUCGCUCUUGUCUUCACUUUCUGCGUCAGUACAGGCCAAAGAACACCUCCCCUUACAUCCGGGCGAACGCGCGCAACUCGAAUACCUUGCGACACUAGCCCAUAAAUGCUCGGCCAUCAAGCUUUUCGCAACAUCGCACAUUGAACAUGCGCGAAGGUGCGCUCUCAAACAGGCUUCGCUGCGUCCUGGAACCCGUCCGAGGAAAGUGCUGUCUAAAGAUGGUGUUUUGCUUGACGCAAGUGGACAGGAAGAGAGAAGCGCACACUUGGCACCUCUUUGCGCUCGAAUUCUCCGCCACCUCGAGGGCUGGGAUGACCUUAUUGUCGAUCUCGAGGAUCGUAUCCUUCAGCGAGAUACCUCGCUCGUUGCGGCACGAUCCUAUGUAUCACUUGCAACAAUUCGGGUGGAGGUGCAGGUGUGGGAAUCGCGACUAAACGCGCUGGGCCGUUUGGUGGGGAUGCUCUUGAAAGGGCCCGAGCAUUCAGUCGCGCUUAGCAUUCAGCAGCCAGGCGCCGACCCCUUGGAACUACCACGCAUCGCAGGAGGUCUCUCCGGUUGGACAGGAGGUCUCUUGAUUGACAUGCUCACACACAUGGCGGACACUGGCGUUUCGCGCGUCGCCAACCUCAUGGCUGAGCUGCGGGAUGCAGUUGAAGAUAGCUGGAAAAUUCUGCUGUGCGACUGGAUUUGCCAUGGCACGGCAAAUGGCAGCCCCGUCUCUCUCGGAUCUAAUAUGAUCUCACAAGGCCCUGAUGCACUUGUAGAGCAGGACGAAGAUGGAACCUGGCACCUCCGUCCACAUUCCCUUCCAUCCUCGAUAUCAUCCGUCACUUCCGACGCGAUUCUAUACGGUGGACGUGCUAUCUGGCGGGUUAAAACCCAUACUGAAAUCGGUCAUGUACCUGCAGCUCUCAUGGCUGCGCACGUAGAAAUGCUUCAGUGUCCAGAGAUCCGUCCAAGCACGCCACAUGCAUUCGCAAAGGUCGUGCUUGAGAUCAAGCAAGAUGUAGGGGAAUGGUUGUGGAGGAACGUUCUGACAGAUCAAGCUGUCAUUUCCGCCUUACAAGAUCUCGGCAACUACUUCUUGCUGCGAUCGGGGAACUUUGCGCUUUCUCUCAUCGAAGAAAUUGAUGAUGUUCAGCGACAAAAGUCAAUAUCUGCUCGAACUGUGGCGUCAGGCCAACUGUUGGAAUCAGACCUCGACCUCGCACUCCAACGAGCGAGCAUCGGCACCGAACUCGAAGACCACCCCAGCUUGGAAUUACUGCAUUGGCAAAAACAUUCCGCCCACCUUACCCGCCUGCGGCAUCACCACAUUACAGACCCCAACUCCUCGACGCCGGAGGCGGCCUCUUCAGCCGUGGUUUUCGACGACGACCUUGUCGGCAUCAAUGCUCGGCUGUGCUACGCUGCAGACUUCCCACUUGACCUCUUCCUAUCUAGUGCGGAGCUCGAAGUCUAUACUCGCAUCUUCUCAUACCUGGUAGCGAUUCGCAGGACGCAUAAUCGGGUUUUGUCCUGCUGGACUUCGUUGUCGAACAACCAACGACUCAGGCGCAGAUUCACAGGCACCAGUGAAGGAGGUUCGAGCAAAGAGGAGGCAAGCCAGCGCAUGACACUGCUCCGACUGACUUGGAGUCUCGCAAAGGACAUGCUCUGGUUUCUGGACACCCUAAUGGGUCAUUUUCAGACCGACAUUAUUGAGGUGCAGUUUAUUCGAUUGCUUAGUCAACUGCAUGAUGUUCAUGAGCAGCACUCUGAGCGCCGACAGACCCGCCGCAGCAAUCCUACCAUUCCGAAUGCCAGGGGCAUAUCGAGCCCUAUGGAAACCACAGUGAGACGCAGUUCUUCUCCGGCGGACGAGUCCUCAGAGCUCGGAGGCAGCACCAGGAAAGCACCCAACUACACUCCAUCGGGUUUCCCCCCUCAAAGCACAAUCAUGCCCUCCAGUCGUAGCUUCCUCACAACGACAGGCAACACAACAGGCGCAAAGAUGCCUCUCACCGCAGAUAAGCGGCUCGACUUUGCCGACCUGCGGGCGACGCACGUCGCAUUCCUCUUGUUCCUCCAGGAGGGGUUGCUCCUGAAUGCCCCGCGAGUGACAAGCCUGAUUCGCGCCAUCUUGGAGACCUGCGUGCGUUUUGUUGGCCACCUAGAACGAUGGGGUGGAGAUGUGCUUCCUGAUCUGCUGAGUGAAGGCAGCUCAGAGGAUGCCUCCAAGACGCGAGAGAGUGCCAUGUUCAAGGAGCGGGAUCAGGCUGUGUCUGCCAUUGUUGUUCAACUUCGGGAGCAGCUGCGCGACUUUUUCGAGUACAUCUCUGAGGGAGAUCUGGGGGUGGCAGCAGGCAACAUUUCGCAAGCGAACCAAUCCCUUGCAUCGAUGUCGAUGCUGGGUGCACAGUUGCCUGCGAUCGGACACGAGAUGCCCAAAGCAGACUUGAGUCGAAAUGCAGCGCAGGAAGCCCGACUGCAGAUGGGUCUUGCUGCUCGUCAACAUCUAACGCAAUUGUCGCUCAGGCUCGACUUCAACGGCUUCUUCACCGGUACCAAUCUCCUGACGUUUGAAGAGUCGGCUCAGGCGCAUUGAGUUGUGGAGCCCUUGCCCUUCGAAGAAAUAUAUACUGUCGAUAGGACGAGAAAAGCUUCUGAACACGCUCUGGAACUUCGUGUGCGAGCAGCAUGACUAAUGUACAAACAUUGUCGGGUCCAUCGGAUGCUUCCAGAUGAUCUGGCCUUUUUUGCGUCCCAUCCAGUGCCAUUUUUGGUCGCCCACUGCGCUGUAGUCUGUGUUCGGGAGCAAACAAUUGUACUCCACUUCAUUUCGACCCACAUUGCGACGUUUGUGC